ACCUGUAAUAGGCUGUAAUAAAAACUCAUCAACCAAUGAAACGACAGCAUAAAAGCCAUUUGCAAACAACUAAUAAAAACGUAAAAAAAAUAACGCAUAAGUUGUCAAAAUGCGUCCGAUUUGAUGAACUUCACACAAACAUAGUUGAUUUGAUGUGUGAUAUAGCGAAUAAGGGUAGAAAAACACGUUCCAUCGCACACGCAAACACACUAUCGAUUCCAACAACCUGAAAACCAGUACCCAAUCAGUUGGCGUGCAAAAAUGCGUUAUGAUGCUGUUUCUGGUUGCGAUGUCGUCAUAGGUCAACUAGCCGGCGAGCUGUCAGUGGCAGAGGCCGAAGAAUUGCGCUGCUGGUCAACUGAUUUUAGCGCAUAAAUCGUACCAACCAAUUUCGCUUCGGUCCCGAGUACGGCAGAUGGCAUGGUGUCGGUCAGUGCGAUGACGAUUGGUGUCUUCUUUUUAUUUUAUCGCCGAUUGAUUCGACAACGGUUUUUCCAUGUGGAAGCUGGUCGUCAUUUGAACAUAAUAUCCAUUUGGUUUUUCCUUGGUAAUAUAUGGGUCCAGUAUUUUAGAAUAAGAACCGAGCCCCAAUUCAAGAUCUACGAACGGUAGUCUACGGUAGAUUUGAUGCGAAGGAUGCUGUUUCCACAAAAAGCAUUAGGAUUUAGUUAAAAGUGGUUGCUGCUGUAUGCCACAAUUCGGUAAAUCGCACUGGCGGGGGCGAUAGAUUAUAUGCGUUUAUACGCAACCACAUCACUGCAGUGCUGUGCCUGUACCCGCAUUUAUAUGUGAUAGUUUCCCAAAGUUCAAAACUUGUGGGAUUUUUGAGCGUGAUUUCAUAUAUAAACUAUAGAGAAGAUGAUGUCUGACAGCAGAACACAGUUGCUAGUAGGUAGAAGAACUAGCUUUGAGUUUAGAACUACCGGGAAAUCAUGCAUAAACAAUUGAGCCUGUUUCUGAUGGUAGUUUCGUGCGCUCUGGCGGCACCCCAACGUAGAAAUGGAUUUACCUCAAAUGGUGGAUCGGCGCCUCAGCGAAGAAACAGCGUCGCCCCAAACGGUGGACCGGAAAGUACGGCCGUCAUAAUCAAUCAGGACCAGCAGGUAAAUCCCGACGGAUCCUAUAGUUUCAUCUACGAGACAAGCAACGGAAUCAAAGCGGCCGAAAGUAGCCCCGAUGGAGCAAGUGCUACGGGAGAAUUUUCUUACACUGCCCCGGAGGGAGAGAAAAUCCAGCUGACCUAUGCGGCCGACCAGGGAGGAUUCCAACCCCAGGGAGCUCAUCUUCCCGUGGAACCUCCGGUGCCGGAUCACGUCAUCAGGGGUCUGGAAAUCAUAAAAGCCAAUCCUCCGAAGGAUCCUGACUUUGAUCCAGUUUUUCUCGAUACCGUCAUCGCCAGACUGAGAGCUCUCCAGGGCUGAUAAUGAAACAUUACAAUUUUUUGCGGGUUUAAUCUGUUUACCACUUCCUUCAUUUAGUUCAAUUUUGUGAUCCUGAUUUUUUCCUUGCAGUAAAUAAAAAAAAUGUUUCCUUACUUGAUGCGACUUAAACAUUCGGAAAUAUUGGGUUGAUACGGGGUGGCAUGCCAGUAUACGCAUGUAUCAGCUUUGCCUUACAUUAUGUCGUGGACCUGGACGAAUUUUAUGGGAUACAGGUAUAAGUUCUGCUUCGGGAUUUUGUAUAACUAUAAGUUUUUUCGGUGAUUUUGGAACAGGAAACCAAAUUCGACAAAAUUUAUAAGAGUCGAUGGAAUCAUACGACCUUUCGUUUAAAUUUUUUGUGCCAUUACUUCUAUUUCGAAAGAAGGGGGACUGGAGAUUUAUAGAACCUAUUAUCUGUCUAUAAGCUGGAUCAGCCUAGAAAUCGUGUAGAAUCCUGCUGCGAAAAAAAGUUAAUCAAGAAUAAAUUCCUGCAUCCAUGUCGUA